AAGGGUUUUAAGAGCUUUCAUUAAAAAUAAAAAUUUUAUAGAUAAAAAGUGUGCAUUUAUAUAGUUUCAAAACGUAAAUGUUUCAUUAAGCAUUACAAAGUAGAAAAAUGUUUAAUAAUACGAGAAGAAAAGGCAGAGAAACACAAACGUAACCAUUGAUUUGAACCAAACUUUCAAAGUGCGCCUCUGAAUGUUGUUAUGUAAUUUUCGUGCUCCCCUAAUUUUUUGCUAUAUAAGUGUAUUAUCUUAUCCCUUCCAAUCGUUGUCUAAUUAAAAAAAAAAAAAAGCACGACAACAAAACGACGAUGACAAUAGAAAGGAAAGGGAAACAAUAGCCUAACCCCACUUUCUUCGAUUGUUGUUGUCAAGUUCAAGAGUACUUUGUUGUUACGAGCUUGAAUGAGUAUGUUUAUAAAAUUACGGCAGAGACACAUAGCUGAAGAUUAAAAUUGUAUAUGCAUCUCUUACACACUCUUCCAGCCUCUCCGUUUUCUGCUGCAGUGAAAGGGCAAAUGUCUUGUUUGGCUUUCCGUUGUUGUAUGCUGCACCUUUCAAGGCAACACGAUGUAUUUAUUUCCCCAGAUGACUGUCAACUUGGAUUUAUAAAAAAUACUCGCAUUUUCAUGGAUGAGACAUUCAUCGGAUAAUAAAUUCAGCCAUGGAAAAGCUCGAUCAGGGUGAUGAUGGAACACAAGGUAAAGAUUGUGACAGCGAUGAAAAGACCAAUAUUACAGGUCUAACAACUGCAGAGGCGCUGGAGCUACUACAGAGGGAUAUAAAAAAUAAGAUAAAAGAGUACGAGGAAGACUGCAGGCUAACUAAAAAAUAUAAAGGCUGGCUGAAAGAUGCUCUGUACCAUAAAAGUCAGUACACGACGUUUUGCUGGAUUUCAGCUACUGCUCUGUUGAUCAGUGCAGUUCUGCUGAUUAUUUCUUAUUGGUUUGGAAACAAUCACGAGUAUUCUUACUGGCCUUACGAAGGAAUUAUCAUCAUAGCCUUGGUCUUGAUGAACUUAUCUCUGGUUAUCUCUGACAACAAGUUUCGGCAUCUAGAAAUCCUUCACAGAGUCAAAAAUAUUGUCAAACAGCUCGAAGCUGCCAAAUUAAUAUGCAAAUGGAAACCAGAAAACUACCCAAAUCUGUACAGUCCACUAUCGCCAUGCAUCACCCUUCAAUGGACAUAUCGCGACGGCGAGAUAGUCAACCUACCAUGGGCCUUGCUAGUCGCUGGCGAUGUUAUCGUGAUAAAACCAGGCCAACAAGCUCCUGGUCAUUGCGUCCCCUACAACGAUAACGAACCAAAGCUUCAUCCCCGAGAAGUUUAUUGUCCGGGUGAGUGUAGCAGCGGUAGAGCGAGCGGUAGCCUGUUCUCAGGGCCGCAAGCUCGUGUACCUAUGCACAGCCAAAUGUACAAACUCCAAGAGACGCCGUACCUGUCGAACCUGCAGCUGGCACUCGAUGAGGCGCUCGACCGGCCCGUCACCGUUCUAAAUCGUGAACGUCACCUGGCUAUGAUCUGCUGCGUCGAGCAAUUCGCCUAUCCGAUUCUCCUUGCGCUGCUGCUACUCGUCAACUUGCUCAAGUUUUUGUACCUUGGAGAUCUCGUUGGAGUUGGACACUGGACUGAAAUGUUUCUCUUACAACCGAUCGCGGUUACUCUGCCGCUCUUGCCGCUGGCCUUUCCGUUCUGGUGGCUUGCUCUUAAUUGUUUCGGUAUGGCGAGGUUCAAGGCGCUUUUUAACCUUUACCAGUCGUCUAAAAAGAAUCAGUUUUUGGAUCCUUUUGACGAAAGUUCGGAUUCCAAUCAUCCGGACGUAGUUUACAAUUGGACUGAAUUAUCAGAGUACUUUUUGGAUAUGCUGUUUGGCAAAGAGAAAAUGAUGACGAGAUCUGCAAACAUCUUGCACGUCCUCGGCUCAGUGACGGCUUUGUGUUGCGUCGAUAAAAAAGGUAUUUUGUCUUGGCCUAAUCCAACGGCGGAGAAAGUUUUUUUCUUACACCACGCGAACGCCAAUCCAAUUUCUAAAGCGUCGAGUACAGUCAGUGAAAACAAGCUGUCAGAGUCUAAUGCUGGAAAAUGCACGAAACCAGACUCCAACAGAACGUCAUACGUGCCUUUGGGUAAAGUUCCAUUGUUGCAAUGUUAAUCGUAAAAAUAAAAAAAGAAAAGAAAGGUGUGCUCUUAUAUCAAUCCCGCGUUGUUUAUUUCAGAAUCGCACGCUGUCGCGGAAGUGUUGGAUUUGACGCACGACCGGUCACUACCAUUUAAGCUGCAGUUUGACGAUCAUUCCUGGCACCAGCACCUUAACUCGCUGAAACCACUUGGUUUGGCUAUCCUACUGAACACGUGUAACAUGGAAACUCAGGAGCACUACAUGCAGUUUUGCUGUCAUGUUACCUGCGAGUCGCUGCACAACGAGAAUCUGGUACCUGUCACUAAUAGAAGGUGUUUGUGCGAGUUGGCCAUUCAAAUCGGUUUCAAGGAACAGGCAAAGGACGUCUUCUACUUGGAGCAGCAGUUGUCGACGUACAGGCACGUGCCUCCAGAGACGGCAAAGCGCGACAUGAAAUUCGCGCGCUCGCUCAAGCUCAAGUUCCCGUUUCCGCACAUGGUAGCAGUAAUCGUGAAGGACAAAAACGGCGGUACUCUUCAGCUGCUGACCCAAGGCACGGCCGACCUCAUCCUCGACUCGUGCGUCGAGUUUUGGAGUGGCCAGGAUCUCAGUCCUUUGGCCGAAGCGGACAAGAAAAAAGUCAUGGACUUUUACAACCGCAUGAGCCUCACGUCGUACUGCACAGCCUACGCGUAUCGGCCACUCACGCGUAACGUCAGCAACAAGUUGUCGAGCGUUUACAUGGAAUUGCCCUCGGAGAGCAAGCAUCUCUACGUGCCGUAUCGCAGCCCGACUCCUCUGCCCUUUGACUUUAAAAAUGUACUGGAUCCACGCAUCAGGGGACUCAUCGGACAGUUCCACUCGACAGAUUCGCUGCUCUGCGAAGCCAAAGACGAGGAGAUCAGCAGCAUCGAAAGUUGCUUCGAGAUGCAGUGCAAUCAGGUGUUCAUCGGUAUGGUGACGAUGCAGUACCAGGCACAAGUUGACAUGGUUCAGCUCAUCGAGCAGCUCGAGCAGGCUUGCAUCAGGUUUGUGCACUUUAGCAAAGAGAACGAGCUGCGCUCGCGAGUCUUCUCCGAGAAAAUGGGCCUCGAGAGCGGCUGGAACUGCCACAUCUCGCUGCUAAGCGAGCGCGCAAGAUGCGAGAGUCCAGUCGGCUGUUGGGUAAGUCAAACGGCGGCCACGUCCUCGCCAACGAUCUCGACGCGUUCGCUUCAGCGACGUCAUUAUCAAACCUGCACCGACGAAGGCAGCCGAUUGAUUAACCGCGCCUACCCUCGCUCGAACCUGGACAACAGCAAGACGAUGAGCCUGUCGGCUCCCAGCGCCAUAAACACCGACUUGUCGACCGUCAAGUUCGAAAACGAGGUGGCGACCAACGAGUGCCCAGAGGCUAAGCACCAGGUCAACAGCACCAUGGACCACAGGGAGCACGAAAUGGUGCGGAGCGACGACAGCGUGCUGAUGCAGAGCGUCGAUUUGGGUUCGGGCCAGGAGGCGUGGCGGUCCCUGAGCUGUAUGACCGACAGCACCGAGCAGAGCGCGCCGGUCAACUUUGACAUGUCCAAUAGGGCGAAAUUACCGCGAGGCAUCGACAAGAUAAGAUCCCACAUAGACAACAUCGACAACGUCCCCCUGCUCGUCUCCCUGUUCACGGACUGCAACACAUCCAUCACCCGUGAGAUGCUACACAUCAUGCAGGACUACGGCGAGGUCGUCUGCGUCCUUGGAUCCUCGGCAAAUGCCGAGAACAUGCCGAUUUUCAUGCAGGCAGACGCUGCAGUCGCAGUGGAGCCGCUUUACCCACAAGUGUGCCAAAGAGUGCCUGUAUUGACGUCAACGAAACCAGAUGAGGGCCCGUCGCCCAUCGAUUUGAGCCGCAGCCUCAACUCGGUCGCUUGCUCGCUGAGCGUCAAGCGCGAGGACCCCAUUGCCGUCUACCAUCUCAUCAUGGAGGCUCGCCACUACAUGAAGUGCCUACUGAACUGCCUGCAGUUCUGGCUGUGCUGCGCAGUGACGAUAGCACUGGUUCAGGCUUUAGCGGCGUUUCUAUUACUACCACCAGUCUUCAGUCCCAGCCAAGUUCUCUGGCUGUGCGUUCUCGUCCUGCCAUUGCUCUCGGCUUCGCUGGUUGGCUGUCCGACUGACCCGAGUAUCAUGAGCCGGGCCACAGGAAAGAACCAGUGCGCUCUGGACAAACAGAUGGCCUCGUUCGUGCUGUGGUACUACGGUGGCAAGUUCCUAACGACAGUUCUAACGUUGCUGCUCUGGCAGGGUCUGUCGCUGCGGUCCCUGUGCUCCACCUACGUCCAGACACCAGGGCUCGAGUGUUAUUACGUGUAUCCAAAUGUCACUAGUAACCAAACGUGGGGUGGCUGGGGCCUCAGGCCUGACGUUCUCGAUACCGUGCAGCACAUCGGCCUUGUCAUUCUCGUCUUGCACUUCGUUACGGUGUCGGCAAGUUUUGUGCACCGCGAUUACUUUGCCUGGCAAAAGGUGCCAUUUCAAAAUUGGACCUGGGUCUUGACGUCUUUGAUUGUGAUAUGCCUACAAGCUGUUUUUUCGGGAAGCGCGCUUGCCAACUAUUGGAAGAACGAGAACCAAAAAAACCAAAAGUAUCCCUUGAAUUUGCCGUACUACUUCGUCGUAUCUCUCCCUUUGGUAUUUUUCGUCAACGAAUACAUCAAAUGGCAAGAGAUAAAAGUCAACGUUAGGUAUCAGAAAAAAGCGCGACUUCAGUUUACUACGAAACUCGGCAUGAAUUCGCCGUUUUGAAGGAGCUCUUGGAGUAAAUAAAGGAGUAAUAAACUUCGAGUGAAUUUACGUCUCCAGUGUUCUUCAAUUUAAUGCCAAAUAUCGUCAAUUGACUGUCAAAUGGGCAUAGUAGCCAUUUGAAAACGAUUAUUAUUUAUUUUGGUAAGUUUAUAAAACUGAGGGCUUAAACAUGGUUUUUCAGUGAAAACGUCUGUGCACUGCAUGGAUCGAUUUUUUAAUGAUGUAUACAAAUUUGUAUCGACUUUACAAUAAUUUUCUGUAUAAUAAUUGACAACAGUUUUGGUUUAUUAACCUUUCAGUCGAACUAGAAAUGUAUUAUUGAACUCAAAUUAUGUAUACAUCGAUUUAUUGCCCAUUUAAAAGUAGAGAGUAUUAUUCUACUUAUUGUGUCUAUUUUACGCUGAAUUACUACCGAAACGUGUGAUAUAUUUUUUUUUAAUUUGCUUUCUCUCAAAUGUUUUUUUUACCUUUUUUUGUUUGAGGGUUGUAACAUAAGACUUUACUUUACGCACAAAUUAACCUAUUAAAUUAUGUAAUCUGAUUUAAUGAAGUCAUUGACAUCUAUUUUAAAAGUAUCGAGUAAGAUAAUCGAUGAUUUAUUAGUAUUGCCACAUUAACAAAUUUUCUCCAUUAACACUAAUAACUGUGCCUUUGAAAUCUUAAUGUGUAAACGAAGUUAAUACUCACGAAC